AGAUGCGGGGCGCCAGGACGAAAAAGAAAGCCGACUACUGAGUAGCCGCGGAUCGAGCAUGCGGUCAGUCGAGAGAGAAGUCGCUGCGUCGGUUGUUCUCCCGUACAAUCGGCACGUACAUAUACCUAUACGUCUACGUGUGUCGAGAAAGAGAGAGAGGGAGAGAGAGAGAGAGAAAGAGAGAAAGCGAACGCGAGCCGCGCGGCGAGUCGGCGAGCGCUUUACGUCUCGUCGAUGUGUAUGACCAGGUGAUUGAAGAAACACACUCCCCCUCUCUCUCGAUCUUUCUCCUCUCUCUCCCUCCCGCCCUUGCGCCACCUCUCUCUCUCUCCCCCUCUCUUCCCCUUCUCGCUCACGCACCUACUUGGACUCACACCCUCCCCGGUAUAUAACCUCAAACCGUCAGCGAGCUCGUGUCGUCGCGUCGCCCGUCGACGAUUCGCGCGGUGUUGCGUGAGCGUGUUUUCGGCCACGAUUGAACCGGGUUCCGGAUGUGCGUGGCGAGGUUUCUGCUGUCCCAGCGGGUAGUGCUAGUGAGCUCCGGCAGUUUUUCACCACAUGCGACUCGCAGAACCCGACGUGUAUGAUGAAAGGGGCUUAUUAGUAUGCUGGAUAAGCGGCGGCUACAUGCCUCCGGUACUUCGCCAUGCACCCUCAUUUUUGUGGUCGUUUUGGCACUAACUGGAUGCGUCUCGUUAUGGAUUCACAUCGAUGGUUCAGGAUCGCCGAUCCCUUACUCCAGCGGCGGUGUGGCCGCGCCAGGAUAUAUCCUUAUAUUUCCCGGAAAUGUCACACCCUCCACGCAGCCCUACUCAAUAAACGAACUUCCGUCCGAUGAUAAAUCCACACUGAUCAACAUCACGGACUUUAGAUUCAUUAUGAACCACAAUCCUUGCAAUCGUACGCAACCGUUGCUACUAAUGUUGGUUCACUCGGCGCCGGGGAAUUUCCUGAAGAGGCAUGUCGUGCGGGAGACCUGGGGUCAACAAGCGCCAGACGUGACUUUAUUGUUUCUCGUGGGAUACUCGGUGGAGUAUCAAUCUAGGCUUGAAGAGGAGAACAAGAAAUACCAAGACUUAAUACAGGGAAACUUUGUUGAUGCCUACAGAAACAUGACCUACAAGCACGUUAUGGGAUUAAAGUGGGCUACUUAUUACUGUCCAAGUGCCAAAUAUAUUCUUAAAUUAGACGAUGACGUUUUUGUUCAUUUACCGGCCAUGCUGGACUUUCUAACACAUGGCCUCUCGCCGUGGGGUGCAAGACGUCUAAUUCUCUGUGAUCCUCUAUCGGCUUCCGCAGUGAAGAGAUCCUGGCGCUCAAAGUGGCGCGUCUCUCCUCUGGAGUAUCCUGGUAGAUUUUAUCCCGCGUAUUGUGCCGGAUGGGCGAUCCUAUAUUCCCCCGAUAGUGUAUUUAUACUGUACCGCGAAGCCCAGAAGGAGCCGUACUUCUGGAUCGACGACGUGCACAUUACUGGGACACUCGCUAGGAAAGUAAAUUUAACGCAAACCUCAUUACACUCUUGGGUGCUUACGACCGAGAGCAUGCGGGACCUGCUGUCGAACCCAAGCGCUCGACGGGAUUUUCUGUUCGGGCCUCCGGAUCUAACGGAGAACGGAAUACGAGCCUUACAUAGUCUGGUUACUAAACCACGGCCUAGCAGUGAAAGCCUAUUGAAUUAAACGUCUAAUAGAACAAUUUCGUUAUACUUGGUCGCCGUAACGCGAAAACGGGAGAAAAGAAGAGAGAUACGAAUGCGAGUGUUCUUACAUACUUUCAACGUAUCUAAAUUCUACAUGCAUUGCGGUAUGCCCUGUACAACAGUUCAACAUAAGUGUUCGAUUAUUUGCACAAUGUACAAACGCCAUGUUAUAUAUGAUACGUACGUAACAGUACGUUACAUGUAUGUGCAUAUGUGUGUAUAUAUAUUAUAUAUAUAUAUAAAUAGAUAUAUACACAUACAGUCGCAGCAAACACAUAUGUAUGUGUAACAAAAUAUUACUUGCGAUCGUCUUACUUAAACAAGAAAUGAAACGGGUAUAAUUUCGGUGAAUUUAAUUUCCCGUACUGUAGAUAUAUCAAGAGACAUACAAUCGUGUCUUGCUCCAAGUCACGGUCAGCAAAUAACGAGACGGAAACGUGUAUGCGAACCGUCUAGUUUAGACUAUCUAGAGUACUUUGAAUUAUCGUAUCUCACAGUAAUGCCUGAAAUCGGCCGAGUUCCUAAUAUUUGGAAAAGACCCUUAUACCGAUUGUUGCAUUUACAAUGUCGCGAAUAACACAUAGGGAUCAAUAUUGCGCGUUAGUGAUGUCCGAACUCGGCGG